AUGGCCCAAAAGAAACUCAGAAUAGUCUACGCAUUCAAAUUUUCCACCAAAUUGGUAUCAACUCUCAACCCUUUCUCAAUCAAAGCCUCUAGCAGAGUGGACUCUACGUACAUGCAUAUGUUCAAAGAAGACGGGCAUCUUUGGUUGCCAUCUAAACUGUUGCCUGGUCGCAACCCGCGUUUUGCUAGACCCAAGCAACAUGAGGAAUUGAGCAUAGUUAUUGGGUUUUUGAGAGAGAUGGCAAUUAUUAAUUAUAUUGGUGUAACUUUUGGUUUUGCUAUGGUGGUAUUGUUGCAAUGCACCGCCGCACAAACUGUGCAUGUGGUGGGAGACAGUAUGGGUUGGACAGUUCCACAGGGUGGUGCUCAGGCGUACAUUAAUUGGGCUAAUGGCAAGAACUUCAUGGUUGGUGAUAUCCUAACUUUUGAUUUCGCCACCAACAAUCACGAUGUUCUUCGAGUUCCAAAGGCAUCUUUUGAUGGAUGCACAGCUUCAAACCCUAUUGGAGAGACAAUUACUACAGGUCCUGCUAACAUUACUCUUGACUCUGCUGGCGAGCACUACUAUAUUUGCACGGUUGGCCGACAUUGUCUGGGUGGACAGAAGCUAGCUAUCACUGUCUCAUCAGGCACAACAAGGGCAUCACCACCAUCUACAACCCCUAGAUCAGCUCCACCAACAAGUCCUACAGCUAGUCCUUCACCUUCUUCAAAUAGCACUCCCGCUGACUGUGCUCCAACACCAGCGUCAAGCCCCAUAAGUCCAGUGACUCCAGAGUCUUCGGUGAUAUACGAAGUAAAGGCUGGGUUUGCUAAGGCUGUUGAGGUUUCAAGCCCACAUUCAGAGGCUGUAUUUGCCAAUUCCUUUCCACCAUCGGAGUGCGUUUUCAGGGAAGAUGGCAUUCUUGAUGAAAAGACUAAUCUGCAUUACGAUAACACAUGCAUGUUUGACGCUCAGCUUGAUGCAGGUUAUGCUGCAUUAGAAAAGACCGGGUUUUCGAAGAUGGAAAUCAUUGUUUCGGAAACAGGUUGGGCUUCUGACGGGAAUGAAGAUGAAGCAGGUGCCACUUUAGAAAAUGCCAAGACUUACAAUCAUAAUAUGCAUAAUCGGCUAGCUAAGAAGACAGAAAUCCCGUACAGACCGAAGGCUGUGCCAAGAGCUUAUAUUUUUGCGUUGUUCAAUGAGAAUUUGAAGCCUGGGCCAACUUCUGAGCGCUAA